AUGGUUGAGCGCUUUUCUAUCGAGCAGAUCUCUGCUUCAUCUAGACAAAAAUCCGGGAUGUCAAAGACGAAGACCCUCCUAUUCACUAUAUUAAUCACUCUACUAUCCCUCUGCACUGCAGCGGCACUCAUCGUCGCCUCGAUCGCAAUGAAAAAAACACAGGAGCUCGAAGACUUCAGAUCCUCGCUCUUCAUCAGCGAUUUGGAGCGCAUAUUUAAUAGCACGGCCUAUGCUAUUGCAAACAGUGGACCAGAUGCACCAGCAUGUCAUGAUUACACUGCGGAGACGAUCACCGGCCAAACAACAUUGCCCGGUAUUUGCGUGUCUGUGGAAGAAAGUUAUAAUAUGUGGGUGACCAGACUUGCAGAUAACUGUACUCCGUAUAUCUUUGCUGAAGAAAACUGCACUGGCGUUUCUAGAGGCUUUGAGAAGAUAGCUACUCCCACAUGUAUCGUUGCAGCAGGAGGAGGCCGAUUGAGUGGGCAAGAUCGGCCGAGUGAAGCUGCAAGACAUGAAGAGAAAUGGGAAGAAGUUGCCGCGGACACGGAUCUUUCACUGAAACGCUACGAGGGCAAAUUUGAUCGAGCCGAUAAGUCUAUUUCCUACUUCUACCGACUGAGCGUGUUGCACCUCCUUAUAAUUGACUAUUACUGGCCUGCUGUUAUUCUGAAAAUCGUUGUAUCUGUGUCAGACAAGACAGCAUCCUGA